AAUGACAUGAUAAUGAACACCCGUCCAUGGAAAACCAAUGCUGAAUAUUUCAAAAAGGUUUAUAUCAGUGCUUUAGCGCUAAUGAAGAUGACUAUACAUGCCCAGUCAGGAGGGUCAAUUGAAAUUAUGGGGAUGCUUACAGGUAAAAUAAUAGAAGGAUCGAUGAUUGUAAUGGAUGUAUAUGGAUUACCUGUGGAAGGGACCGAAACAAGGGUCAAUGCACAAGCUGAAGCUUACGAAUAUAUGGUGCAAUUUCUUACGUCAUUAAAGACAGAAGGGAGAGAAGAAAACAUUGUUGGAUGGUAUCAUUCACACCCUGGAUACGGGUGCUGGCUAAGUGGUAUUGAUGUCGCUACUCAAAAACUAAAUCAAGAUUUUCAGGAUCCAUAUUUAGCAAUUGUUAUUGAUCCAAUUAGAACUUUGAGCCAAGGGAAAGUUGAAAUUGGUGCUUUUAGAACAUACCCCGAUAAUUAUAAGAGUAAAAUGAAUAAACAAGAAGAAAAAGGACCUGCUAAUAAAGCAAAGAUAAAUAAAGUCAAGAAGCUGAAACAAGGAGAUUUUGGGAUACAUGCCAGUAGGUACUAUUCGUUAGAUAUUGAAAUCUUCAAGAGUCUGCAAGACGAAGCAGUAUUAAAUAUUAUC